AUGAUAAAAAUAUCUUCUUCUCAAUAUCUCUCUCAUUUCUCUCUCCUAACUCUCUCUCACCUUCUCUCUCUUUCUCUCUCUCACUCUCUCUCCUUCUCUCUCUCCUCCUCACUCACUCUCCUUCUCACUCUCUCUCUCACCUUCUCUCACCCAGUCUCUUUCUCCUUCUCACUCUCUCUCAACUUCUCUCUCUCAGUCUCUCUCUCCUUCUCAUUCUCACUCUCCCACCUUCUCACUCUCUCUCACCUUCACUCUCUUGGUCUCUCUCUUUCUCUGUCUCACUCUCUCUCCUUCUCACUCUCUCUCACCUUCUCUCUCUCCUUCUCCUUCUCACUCUCCCUCCUUCUCACUCGCUCUCACUCUCAGUCUUUCUCAUUCACUCUCUCAUUCUCUCUCUGUGUCCUCCUCUCUCUGUCCUUCUCACUCUCUUUCUCCUUACUUUCUUUCUCCUUCUCUCUCUCUCUCUCCUUCUCCUUCUCACUCUCUCUCUCCUUCGCACUAUCUCUCCUUCUCUCUGUCCUCCUCUCUCUGUUCUUCUCACUCUCUUUGUCCUUCUUACUCUCUUUCUCUUCUCCUGCUCCCUCUCUCUUUCUCCCUCUCUAUCCUUCUCACUCUCUCUCCGUUUCUCUCUUCUUCUCUCUUUCUCUUUCACUCCACUCUCUCUCCUCACCCUCCUAG